CCGCACAGCCACCAGAAAGAGAGACUGAGAAAGUGGAAGAUAACUAACAAAGCAUUUGUUUAUAUGUUCUGAGGAGGCGUUUGUGAGACUGGACUGAUGAUGAAGAUCCUCGUUCUGUUCGCAUUCUGCCUGAUCACAGCUGGAUCUGAUGCUGUAACUACAGUAACUGGAUACAGAGGAAGAUCAGUUCAGAUUAAAUGUCACUAUGAAUCUAAAUAUAAAAAGAACAAGAAGUAUCUCUGCAGAGGUAAAUGUCCUUACCGGCCUGUAAUCAAAGACAUUCCUGUUCAGUCUGGAUCUCCUGCUGAAGACACCAGAUUCUCUCUGUCUGACGACACAACAGCCAAAAUCUUCACCAUCACCAUCACUGAUCUGAGAGCAGAGGAUGCAAACACUUACUGGUGUGUGGUAAAGCGGACUGUGCCAUUAAGAGAUAUACACACAAAGCUUCAACUGCUGGUUAAAACGGAUGAUUCUGCCAGCAGUGACGUCUUACAGAUCACACACACCACACAUUGUGCUUUAACACACACUGUAAAUCCAACAGUGCAUGCAGAGACACCAUCACCUACAGUUAAUCCAUUAAACAAGAUUCAUCACCAAACCACCUUAACCUCAUUCUAUGAUGUUCCAGGCAUAGCUACCUACCUCCUGAUCAGUACAGGUGCAGUGGCGUUCACUGCCAUUGUGAUUAUAGCAGUCUACUGCAAAAUAAAUUGCCAAGGCCGUGUAACAGCAACACAAUCUUCCAUACAGACUAAUGAAGAUUAUGUAAAUGACCACAAUGUACUCGCCCUCCAAGCAAGAGAAAAACACAAUUUACCUGAAUCUGUCUACCAGAGUUUAGAUCCAACCACUAACCAAUCAGAUUCACUCUACCAGACCCUGAACUCCACUAAUAACAAAUGAGAUUCAGGAUGAUGUUGGUAAUGUAAGAGGACUGGGAGAAAACGUCAUAGUGAUUAUCAUUUCCUCACUUUUUUGUCUGAAAGGUUUUUGCUUUG